AUGUCAGAAAUUAAAAAACAAGCAUACUUUGUUGGCGGCGGCCUCGCUAGUUUGGCUGGCGCCGUCUAUUUGGUCGAAGACGCUAACUUCGCUGGUGAGGACAUCCAUAUCAUUGAGCACCUCCCAGUGCUCGGUGGCAGCAAUGACGGAGCUGGAUCUGCGGACAAAGGUUUCAUUUGUCGUGGUGGUCGAAUGCUAAACGAAGAGACAUAUGAGAACUUUUGGGAUCUUACCAGCCGUAUUCCAUCUCUCGACGUGCCGAAUAUUUCGGUCAAAGACGAGAUUUUGGCAUUCGAUCGUGCCAAUCCAACUCAUUCUAAUGCCAGGCUAAUUGAUGGCAAAGGCCAGAAGCUUCCUGUGACUGAUAUGCAGUUCAACACCGCCGAUCGCAUGAAGCUCACCAAGCUAUACUUCACAAACGAGGAUACACUGGAUAAUGUGACCAUCCGUGACUACUUCAGCGACCACUUUUUCACCACAAACUUUUGGUACAUGUGGCAGACAACAUUCGCUUGGCAAGAGUGGUCCAGCCUGUACGAGUUCCGCCGCUAUAUGCGACGAAUGAUGUUGGAGUUCUCACGAAUUGAAACGUUAGAGGGCGUGACAAGAACACCAUUCAACCAGUACGAGUCAAUUAUUGUCCCAUUGAAAGAAUAUCUCACCAAGAAGGGUGUUGAUUUCACUUUGCGCAAGACCGUGACUGAUCUCGAUUUUAAGGAUGGCAACGGCAUCACCGUCAAAGCGAUCAUCUGCGGCGAGGAAACAAUUCCGGUUCGAGAGAAUGAUCUCGUGUUUUUCACCAAUGGCGCAAUCACUGAUAAUUCAGAUAAUGGUGACUACCACACCCCGGCAAAAUAUCUCCCCAAUGAUCCACCAAGUUUCGCAUUGUGGCGGAAAAUUGCCGACAAGAAGCCUGGCAAGCUUGGAAACCCCGACCCAUUCUAUAAGAAACCCGACGAGAGCAAAUGGCUCUCAUUCACCCCAACGUUCACCGGAAACUUCCUCUUGAAGCUCAUCGAAGAGUACUCGGGUAAUCGCCCUGGAAGCGGAGCACUCAUGACCUUCAGAGAUUCGUCUUGGAGAAUGUCUAUCGUGGUUGCUGCUCAACCGCAUUUCAGGAAUCAGGACAAAGACACGACAAUUUUGUGGGGAUACGGACUUUACCCCGACAAUGUUGGGGACUACGUCAAGAGGCCAAUGAUGGAAUGCACGGGUGAAGAGAUUCUCACAGAAUUGAUCUACCAUCUACAUUUUGAGGAACACGAAGCUAAAAUCAAGGAAAGUGUUGUGAAUGUUAUUCCAUGCAUCAUGCCCUUCGUCGAUGCACUUUUCCAGCCCCGUGCCAAGACGGACCGUCCGCUUGUCGUCCCCGAUGGCUCUACAAACUUGGCUCUGAUCAGCCAGUUCGUCGAGAUUCCAGAUGACAUGGUUUUUACUGAGGAGUACUCUGUGAGAGCUGCUCGUAUGGCUGUUUACACUCUUUUGAAUACCGACAAACAGGUCGCACCCGUGACCCCAUACUGGAGACAAGGCGAGGUACUCCUCAAAGCUAUUUACACGUCUUAUCGUACCUAG